UUAUAUCCAAAAUAAAUAAAUAAAUAAACCCGCAGAAACAAAUACUUAUAUAACUUGAAUCCUACGCAAUUCCAAGCUUCCCCAUCAAAGUGUUUCUCUGUGUUUGCAUAUUAGCCUUUGACAAUGGCGACUAAUGGUUCAAAUGGAGAACAUAAAUCUACAAAACCACCUCCGACCCCCUCACCUCUGCGUAACUCUAAAUUCUUUCAGUCAAAUAUGAGGAUCUUGGUUACUGGUGGUGCUGGAUUUAUUGGAUCUCACCUAGUGGAUAAACUGAUGGAAAAUGAAAAGAAUGAGGUCAUUGUUGCUGAUAAUUAUUUCACUGGCUCAAAGGACAAUCUUAAAAAGUGGAUCGGCCAUCCAAGAUUCGAGCUUAUACGCCAUGAUGUCACAGAACCAUUGCUAGUUGAGGUGGAUCAGAUAUAUCAUCUUGCAUGCCCUGCAUCACCAAUUUUCUAUAAGCACAAUCCUGUAAAGACAAUAAAGACCAAUGUGAUUGGCACGCUAAAUAUGCUUGGUCUUGCAAAGAGGGUUGGAGCAAGGAUUUUGCUUACUUCAACCUCAGAGGUCUAUGGUGAUCCUCUUAUCCAUCCCCAACCAGAGAGCUACUGGGGUAAUGUGAACCCAAUUGGAGUUAGGAGUUGUUAUGACGAAGGAAAACGUGUGGCAGAGACUUUGAUGUUUGAUUAUCACAGGCAGCAUGGCAUAGAAAUAAGAAUUGCUCGGAUUUUCAACACCUAUGGACCUCGGAUGAAUAUUGAUGAUGGACGUGUUGUGAGUAAUUUCAUAGCUCAAGCACUUCGUGAUGAACCAUUGACUGUUCAAGCCCCUGGAACCCAAACUCGCAGUUUCUGUUAUGUCUCUGAUAUGGUUGAUGGGCUUAUUCGGCUUAUGGGAGGGGAGAACACUGGACCAAUCAACAUUGGUAAUCCUGGUGAAUUUACAAUGAUUGAACUCGCUGAGACAGUGAAGGAGCUAAUCAAUCCUCAAAUAGAGAUUAAGAUGGUUGAAAACACGCCUGAUGAUCCAAGGCAGAGAAAGCCAGACAUCACAAAUGCUAAGAAGUUGCUUGGAUGGGAACCCAAGAUCAAACUGCGUGAUGGUCUUCCCCUCAUGGAGGCAGAUUUCCGGCUAAGGCUUGGAGUUGCCAAGAAGCUAUAAACAAGCACACAUUAUGUUCUUUACGAGUUGGUUGGAGGCCAGUUAUGUUUCUUACACUUUUGGUUUAAAAAAAUCUUUACUCCGAUAUAUAUAGGUGAAAAAAUAAACAGGGUGAGUCUUGUGUUUUUUUUUUUAAUACAUUUUUUCUGUAAUUGUGUCUUGUAUGUUUAUGGACGACAGUCUAUGAAGGUAUUUGUUUUUGUUUCAAAUUGUAAUUUGCGAAGCAUUUGUACUUCCACAAAUCAACUGAAUCAAUGGGAUGAGAAGAAAUCUUGAAGUUUUA